AGCACGCCGCCGCUCCCUACCCCGGAGAGGACCGAGAUGAUGCCAUUUCGGUGCACCAGAUGAGGGCGGGCCACCGGGGCCGCUUGCUCCAGUACGGCACUGAAUCGGCUGUCUUCACUCCUCUGCGUGCCAGCAGUGCCCAGACAAGCGGUGCCCAGCGGCGCUGUGCACCGUGAGCCGAGAAGAGGCUGAUGUGCCGGAGCACGUGCUGCUCCGCUGCCCGGCCCUCGCUGGCUCCCGCCGAGAUGUUUUGAGCUGUGCAAGACAAAAGCAGUGACAGUAAUCCUGUCACCACGAUAAUAGGAUGGCAAUGUCAAAUUUCAGUAUGGCACUACCACCACAACAUGAACCCAGGUCUUCAAGAGUUGCAUCAUUUGCCAGCUUGUCAACGCCAGCUGGUGCUUUGAACCAAGGUACUGAUCGUGUGUUUGACGCGUCUGAAAGCUCGGAGGACCGCCGCCUGUUCACCAUCGUACACGGUGUGCGAGAGGACUGCAUCAGGCUGCUGCAACAGUUCGAGGCGCGCCAGUCGCUCCGGUUCAACGACUUCUCCGCCUGCUGGAGGGAUAUGAUGUUCUCUCACAUACUGAGCGGCCGAACGAUCGUGGCUGAACGGAUCGAGUACCUCCAGAAGACCAUGGCUAUCGCCGUGCGGCUAUUCGUCAACGGACAGGACAUCAUAAGAAAAGUGGGCGCCCUGUACCUCAUGUACGGCCUCUACAUGAAGAUCGGAGCGGGCGAGAGGAUUCUGGUCGGGAUCCGGGUCACGCCGCUCGUCUGGGCUGCGCUGAAGGAGGUCCGUGAGCUCGCCGUCCAACAGAAUCACCACGACGUCCUCUUCGUCAUCGACAAGCUGCUCUUCAUGUCGGCAUUCGUGUUCGUCGCACAGGACCGGGAGCUGGCUCCGGACCUGCUGCACCGCUCGGCCAAGACGGACGCCGGCGACGAGGACGCUGGCUAUGAGCUCGAGGAGGAGAGCCCGCUGCAGGAGUACCUGGAGGACGGCGGCCUGCAGCAGCUCUCCACGCUACACACCAAAUACGAGGCCAUCAAGCAGCAGCUCUUCAAAGGUGCCAACAUCGAACGCAUCUCCUUUCUCGGCGCCGAUGUCGCUCCCGACAUACAGAGACGUCUGGAGGCGAUCAUAAAGGGGAAGGCACCGGCGGCAGCUGAGGCUGCCGCUGAACAGGACAAACCCACUACACUGACCGGACGUCGCGGUGCGCGGGAGCGGGCCCUGGCGCGCUUCAGAGACGAGCCGGCGCCGCAGUCGCCGCCCGACGAGGGACCGGAGUCCGCCUCGUCAGCGGACGAACACACAGCUGAGACCUCCCCGCCCCCGUCCCCUCCCAAACGGGCUAGAGGGCGCGGCGGCCGGCCGGUCGGAACCAGCGCCCGCGGAGGCGCAGCAAAGGGUCGAGGAGCCGGGGCUAAGGCGGGACCCACUGGGCCAGAGGCUGUGGCGCGGGGACCGAAGGCCGACGAUCCGGGACCGGGGACGAGUGACGCGGGAGCUGGACCGAGCAGCCCCUCACGGGAGACGGUGUCUAGUGACGGGAAUGGUAUGUCCCUGGGCGACUCUAGCCCGCCGGAGACUCCCUCGCCCCGUGGUCGUGGCAGCAGGAGAGGCUCCAGAGGAAGGCCUGGGCGGGCUAAGAUACCAACAUCCCGAGGUCGCGGUAGUAGGGGGGCCGAUCAAGGUCGUGAAAGUCCAGACGGGUCCCCGCCCGCUCGAGGUCGAGGGAGCAGAGGGUUGUCUCGGGGCAGGCCGGGUGGUCGUGCAAAGAUACCUACCUCUCGUGGUCGCGGCAGGAAGGGAGCCGAUCGAAGAGGAAGUACCAGUCCGGAAAACUCUCCCUCCACUCGAGGUCGUGGUGGCAGGGGAAGUUCUCGGAGAAGAAGUAGAGGUCUGUCGAUGUCUCCUUCGCGCGGGCGCGGCAGGAGGGGAGAUUCUCAGGGAAGAGUUCAGAGUCCUGGGGCGUCGUCUCCCUCGCGUGGUCGUCCCAAAAGGGCAGCCUCCUCUUCCCCAUGGAUGGGGAGGAAUGAGGGUCCCGAAGCGUCUCAGUCGUCCACGAACCCCAGCGAAGUGGAACUCGUAAUGGUCGAAGAAGUUGCGUCACCCACACGAGAUCGGGGUAGGGGUUCGAGCACCGGUGGUAGGGCUCGAGGUCGGGGUCGUGGUCGGGGUCGAGAUCGGGGUCGAGGUCGAGGUCGGGGCCGCGGCAGCGCUGCGCAGUGAUCUGGUCUGCUGUUAGGCACGUCAGUUCAGUGUGUUGGUCCAAUUGGGAUCCUUUUGCACUCGCUCGUUGUCAAUGUGUUACUGCGAUUGAAGGCUCUGAUUUGAUAAGAUGUGAUAAUUUGAAUACAGAAA